AAUUUAUAAUUAAGCACUGCAAGUGCGUGUCACGCGCUUUGAAGAAGGCAUUUUGCUUGCUGGAGAUUGUCUCAGCCACUGCAACUCGAAGGUUGAGUUCGGUUUUAUGUGCCGAGGAGAGAGAGAGAGCAGAGACCUUUUGGGCAUGAUGGAAAGGAGUAGAAGUAGCGGAAACUACAAGAACCCGUGUCUGACAAUGCAUCAGCCAUGGGCUUCUUUGCUGGUUCAGGGUAUCAAACGCAUUGAAGGAAGAUCUUGGCCUGCCCCUAUCAGAGGCCGACUCUGGAUUCAUGCUGCCAGCAAGGUCCCAGAACCAGACACAAUAAAAGCAAUGGAGGACUUCUACAGGGAAAUCUAUGCAGUGAAUGGGAUAACUGAUCUCAAGUUUCCAGAACAUUACCCAAUUUCAAGACUGUUAGCAAAUCUGGAAAACUUAAUCCUUGACACAGGCUGUGUUGAAGUGGUUGGGUGCGUUACACGUGAAGAGGUAGUAUGCUGGGAAGAGGUCCCUGAAGGGGUGAGGCUCGAAGGGCAGACAGAUUUUUGCUGGCUUUGUGAGCAACCACAGAAACUGAUAGUACCUUUUGAGAUGCGGGGGCACCAAGGUGUUUAUAACUUGGAGAGGAAGAUUCAUGAGGCAGCAGUCAGAGGACUUUGCCCGGUUACAGCUCCAUUACCGGUUAAGUUUCCGCUUCCAGAUCCGCAAGAUCCUCUCUCGUUGAAACCGGGAUCACUUGCUUCUCGCCCAGAUGGCUCAAAAGCAUCUGAAAUGGAGAAGCCACCAAGUCUCAGUGCCGCCAUAGCUGGUGCACAAGUAGUUGCCGCGCAGUUCUCAAAGAAGAAAAGUGGCCAGUCAAUUACAAUCGAAGAGGACAUGCCCGUUUCCACUAGAACAAGGAACAAAUCUAAAGAGAAGGGGAUGUGACAAGAUGAUGAACUAUCUGGGAAAUCUGGUGCAAAGAUUUGGCUUACAAGUAUGAAGAGCAAAUCACAACAUGAACUGCGAACGAGACAUGCUCUAGCCUCCAUCAAGCUCCUUGCAGAGAUUUGGACCAUAACUCGGGGCUGUUUUUAUAUCUUCAUCUUCAACUUAAACUCCAUGUAACAAAAAAAAAUCCUUAUUGCAUGUCAAAAAUUUUUCGGUUGUUGCAAGUUAUUUUCUUUGUGUAAUUAUCUAGAUGAGAUGUAAUUUAGGCACACAGUAUCAUUAUUAUUAUAUAUGGAACAUUGUACUGGCAA